CCCCCCCCCCCAUUCUUGCCUGCUCUCUGCACGUCUUAACAUCUUUUCUGCCAAGUGUAUGUGCUGGCCCAGCUCCAGCCCGACUCCGCUUUCCUGGGGCCCCAGCGAUGCUCACCCGGCACCUCACAGGGCACAAAAUGCCUCCCCCCAGCUGAAAACCCUCCCAACAGCAGGAGGAACGCUUGCCUUGCCUCAAGCCUCACGACAUGAGUUUCACUUGGGCCUCCCUUGCUCCUUAGUCCGCCCCCUGCCCGCCCCCCGAACUCCCCAGCGCUUGAGAUGAGGCCCCGGAUGCUGCCUGUGUUCUUUGGGGAGAGCAUUGAGGUGCACCCAGAGCCCACGCACGCGAUCCGCUGCAACUCGGAGGUCAAGUACGCCUCGGAGAAGCACUUCCGGGACAACGUCUUCUACGCGCCCGUGCCCACGGUCACGGCCUACAGCGAGACGAUCGUGGCGGCGCCCAACUGCACGUGGCGCAACUACCGUAGCCAGCUGACGCUGGAGCCGCGGCCCCGGGCCCUGCACUUCUGCAGCACCACCAUCAUCUUCCCCAAGCACGCCAGGAACACUUUCCGGACCACCCUGCACUGCAGCCUGGGCCGGUCCAGCCGCUGGUUCACCUCCAGCGUGCACCUCCAGCUGUGCGGGCACCCCCGCCUCCUGGGGCCCGCGGCGGCGCUCUGACGGGGCGGGGCCGCCCCCCCACCAGUGACCUUGGACUGGGGGGGCCCAAGGACGGAGUCCGCGGCUCCGCCUGGAGCCGGGGCAGGAGGGAGGUGGGGGAGGCCCGUCGCAGUGUGGCGGACUCCAUAAACACGUCUCUUUUAUUAGCUCGGAAUCGGGGGAGGCCGCGCAGGCAUGGCGCUCUGAAGAUGCGGUGGGUGGUGGCCCGCCCCAGGCUCCUGGCCGGAGAGGGAAGCCAGGCGUCGGUGGCGCGCCCGUGGAGCCCAGAGCAGCCUUGGCCGGAGGGCUGCUGCAGCCCCUCCAGACCCCCGGCCACCCCGUCUGUCCGGGGCUGCCGGCCUGGCUCCCAGGCCGUGGGCCAGGGAAGGGGGGGGUGCCACCCCAGACACCCACACUCCUGGGAAGAGCUGUCUCCAAAGUGGGCCCUUCACCGGCGCGUGGCUCGGCGAGUGGCCCAGGCUGAGCGACUGGGGCGCCGUUGAGCCGGGAGGCUGGGCACAGGCCAGCCGCUGAAGCCAGGGCUCGUGCUGGUGAAGACCUUGCCCGAGUGGCUCCCGUGUCCUGUGCCCCCAGGGACGCAGAUUGAGGGCACAGCCCGCCUAAAUGGAGGCCUGGGAGCUCUGCGGCCAGAGCCUCACCCCCAGGGCAUCCCUGCCAACCUCUGUCCGCGCAACCCCAGCCGGAGCAAGACUCUCAGCCCGGAGCCUCUGUGCCAGGUGUCAAGGGGAGGCGUCGAAGCUCUCAGAAUGUCCGCCGUCACUUGCGUGAGGGUCCGGGCUCAGCUGUCGGCUUAAAGAGAUACUAUGGGGGUUUCUGCAUGUGGUGAUGCCACACGGGCCGCAGGGCUCACCUGGCGUGUGAUGCUGGGACGCGCCAGGGCCUAGGGACCAUGAUCUGGUGCCCCAGGAGCCCCCAGUGUGGCCUGAACGGACCCGGCGGGUAGGGGGCUGCCCCGCCACUCCCUUGGUCAUCCCCCACAAUGGGGGUGAGAGAAGCAACUCCGAGCUCACGUCCAGGAGAGGCAGAGUGCCUGAUAUAUUUUUAUAGAUCUACACAGACGGUGCAUGUUCUCUCCACAGUCUGAUUAACAAAUAACUUAAGAACCUGACUGAUCAUCUUAAUAAAAUGUGCAAA